UAAAUAAUAAAUAAUAAUAACAAACGAUACUAUUACUAUUUUUUGGGGGAAAAAUGGGAACUUUCGCCGCCAGCUUGAAACAGAGGAAGCAGUGAACAGAAAACACCAAUGGCGAUGGCGUUGGGUACCAAGCUCGAAACUUUUCGAAGCUAUUCCUUACUCAGCUUCAUCAGAACCCUAAGCACUUCUCCUUCGACUUCUGCUUCUGUCUCUUCCUCUGCAGCUUCUCAGAGCCCUAAGAAAUCAAAGCGAAGAAAGAAGAAGAACUUGUUCGAGGUCGCUCAGUUCCUACCUAAUUGGGGAAUCGGGUACCACAUGGCCAAGAGUCACUGGAAAGAAGUUUCUUAUGAAAUCACCAAAAUUAAUCUCUACAAGGAUGGAAGACAUGGCAAGGCAUGGGGAAUUGCUUAUAAAAAUGGCUUGCCAGCCGAUGCUCCCAAGAAAAUUAGUGGCGUUCACAAGCGCUGUUGGAGGUACCUCCCGAAUAUAGUAAAAGCCUCGGAAAGCUCACAAAACCUGGCGACCUCAACAGACAAUGACCAAAAAGUUGAACCCCAAGCAAUUUGAUGCAUUUCUUCAAGUGAGUUGGGAUUUAGGGUUAUUGAACUGGGUUUCAGUUCAUUUGGCAUAGUUAUUUUGACUAUAGUAGCAUUUUUUAUUCGGCUGGGAAAUAUAUUUCUGCAGUCAGUCAUGUAAGGUUCUUGUGCUUCUUUUUUCUUGAAUCCUCAAUUGAAAGACCUCGAGACCAUAAAAUAUGUGCUUUGAGAGAGAGAGCAAGCUAGUAUAAUUCAUCUUGUUCUUGUGCUUGUGUUCAGCCUUAUGCAUUAGGAAUUUUGAUCUUCACUUUUACCAUAUUCUGAUUAUUUUCAGUUGAGAACUAUGAAGUUAAUCUAUAAUGACUAUUCAGAAAA